GCAUGGCUUCCAAGUGGCAGCAGCUGUAAACGGCACAUCCAAUCUUCCCUUCGUGAGAGAGAAAAACAAAGAUCAGUAUCGGCCUUUUGAAUACUCGCCAAGAUUCAAUCAUCAUCAUCAUCAUCUUUGCUCGCUGCAAUCAUGACGACGAAGAACAAACCUCUUUCCUCCAUCGCAAACGACGUUCUCAAUGAAUGUGCACAGAAGCUAGAUACUUCACUUGAUGAAUUGGUUACAGAAUUCGAGAAGAUAUGGAAGCCGGAGUUGGAUGACUAUUCGAGGAAAUUGAUUGAGUAUUGUUGCUCAAAGGCUUUAUGUGUUAUGUGCCCUGAGAUAGAAGAAAGGAUUGACGAUGGCUCAUUUGGAAGGUUCACUUUUAACAUCAUGCUGGCUUGGGAGACACCUUCUGCUGCUGCUGAUGAUGAAGAAUCCAACUCGGAGAGCAUAUCAAAGGAGAAAAAUGAUGGUACAACUACAGAAAUGAUGCAAGAAGAUGAAGACGAGACUGCACUGUUCUAUUCUGACAUCAUGCCACUGCUUGUUGACCACAAGGCAAGCGUUGGAGAAGAUUCAUUUGUCUGGCUGGGGACACUAGUUCCAUUGCCAGUGGAUGUGAUUAAUGGUAGAUUUACAUUUGAUACCUUGACAGCAGUAACAUCCAACAAUAGACUCCACUUUCCUGCAUAUGAUAAGUACUUGAAAGAAAUUGACAAAUGCUUCAAACAUUUGCAAAACCAAGAUGCUCCAACAGGUGUUGAAUUAGCUGAUGAUGAAUUUAUACUGCAUGUUGAGGGAACAGCAAGCUCACAAAGAGUUAUACGUCACAUUGGAGGGACCAGUUGGCCUGGUAGGCUCACCAUGACCAACUAUGCUUUGUACUUUGAAGCUUCGGGAGUGAUAUCUUAUGAUACUGCUCUAAAACUUGACCUUUCAAAGGACAUCGAGCAUAGUGUGAAGACAGCAGCAACAGGCCCGUGGGGUGCUCCCCUUUUUGAUAAGGCUAUGGUCUAUGAAUCCACAGAUUUGGAAGAAGGUGUCCUGCUGGAGUUUCCCGAAAUAGCAAGCUCAACUAGGCGUGAUCACUGGUUAGCAUUGACCAGAGAGAUAAUGUUGUUGCAUCAGUUCUUAUCUAGGUACAAAGUUAAUUCACAUGACCAGUCAUGGGAAAUGCAUUCAAGGACCAUAAUGGGUAUCAUAAGGCUGCACGCAGCCAGAGAAAUGCUUAGAAUACGACCACCCGAGCCUAAAAGUUUCUUAAUAUUUGCACUUUAUGAAGAAUUGCCCAAAGGGGAUUAUGUUCUACAACAGCUUUCUGAGAGUUUGAAAAAGGUUGAUCUCAGUCACCCAUGCAGUGCCAGCUCAAUUUUAAGGAAUAUGAAUGUCACUCCAGCUGCUGUUCUUAGUUCAAAGGCACUUGGAGAAGGAAAGCAAACCAUUGGUGAAAGGGAAAGUGUAAGUGGACAAUCCGAAGAUAUAUCUCCACUGGAGGCUGCUAUUCAUGAAUCUAGAGAAGAAGCUAGAGAAAUCAAUGUUGCCAAAGCUACGGCUGAAGAAUUAAAAGAGGAAGGGAUAAGUGAUAGUGUCCAAGUUCUUCUGGAACUAUUGAAGCCUUCUAAAGGUGUCCUAGACCAGUUGCAAGAAGUGCUUACAUGGCAAAGGCCUGUAGUUUCUGUUGUCGUGAUUACAACUUUAUUGCUGAUCAUAUACAAAGAAUGGGCAGGGGAAGCUAUAGCAGGUUUAUUAUUUUGGGGAGUGGCCAGAAUUAUCCAGACAAAACGAAAGAUGGAAGAAGAAAUACCAGACAAGAUUGUAGUUUGCACUGCCUCUGAUCAGACAACAAUGGAGAGCAUAGUAUCUGCACAGCAUGGUCUAAGAUCUGCUUAUGACAUGGUGCAGAUGGCAAACAUAGUCAUUCUUAAGAUUCAUUCCAUACUUAUCUGGAAAGCCCCCAAGCAUACAAUCCAUGUUAUAGUGGCAAUGAUAGCAGCAGCAUGUUUACUGGUAUUGGUUCCAUUCAAGUAUUUCUUAAUGGCACUCAUCCUGAUAUGCUUCAUGUCUUCGAUUGAGCCAACAAAGAAGAAACAUAGCGGUGGAAACAAACAAGGCGGAAAUCGUAGGCUAAAGGAAUGGUGGGAUUCCAUUCCUGUUAUUGGCGUUGAAUUAGUUGACGAGGUUCCAACUCAAGCUAAUAAGUAAGUAAUACUGUUAUUGUUGUUCAUUGUCAUAAAAACAGUUAGGACUAGUAACCGGUGUUGUAAAUUUAAUAAUAAACGUGACUUUUACUGUUAUAAUAUGUGUAUGUAAAUUAUGCUCUUAAUGUGUGAACAAUAAAAAAAAAGUUAGUUUUUCUUUGUAUUCA